AUGGGUCGGGUGAAAUUGGAAAUCAAGAGAAUAGAGAACACAACGAAUCGACAAGUUACGUUCUCAAAACGUAGAAAUGGUUUGAUUAAGAAAGCUUAUGAAUUGUCGAUUCUCUGUGACAUCGACAUUGCUCUUAUCAUGUUCUCUCCCUCCGAUCGUCUUAGCCUCUUUUCCGGCAAAACUCGGAUCGAAGACGUAUUCACAAGAUUCAUCAAUCUUCCUAAUCAAGAACGCGAGAAUGCUCUAAGCUCUUCCGACCACGGUAGACGGGAUAUUCAAAGCAAAGAGUAUCUCCUAAGGGUCUUGCAGCAACUCAAAAAUGAAAAUGACAUCGCUCUCCAACUCACGAACCCUGCAGCUAUCAACUCCGACGUCGAGGAACUUGAGCAAGAAGUUUGUAGGUUACAACAACAACUCCAAAUGGCACAGGAAGAACUAAGGAGAUACGAACCAGAUCCAGUAAGAUUCACGAGCAUGGAGGAUUAUGAAGUUUGUGAGAAGCAACUUCUCGACACGUUAACACAUGUUGUCCAACGAAGAGAGCAUCUCUUGAGCAGCCAGUUAUCUUCAUUCGAAGCAUCUACCUUGCAACAAAGCAUUGCAGGUCCUUUUGUGAACGACGCCGUUGGAGGUUGGUUGCCUGAAAACGGGCCUAAUCAAGCGCAGCUAUUUGAUGCGUCGGCCCAUUCCAAUCAACUCAGAGAAUUAUCAUCGGCAAUGUACGAACCCAUGUUGCAAGGGAGUAGCUCAAGUUCGAACCAGAACAAUAUGACCGAAUGCCACGUGGCAAAUCAUAACGCUGAACUGUUCCCUGAGUGGGCCCAGGCGUAUUCAUCUUCGGCCUUGUUCGCUUCUAUGAACCAGCAUGGAGGAGUGGGUCCCAGCAUAGAGGAAAUGAUGCCAGGUCAGCAAUGUGAGAUCCCGGCAGUGACGACGGAGGCACAACAAGACAAGCUUGAAGUCGUCGCCGACUAUGAAACAAGAAUUCCCCAGCUCAGUAGCCAAUAA